AUGAAGGAUUCAGAGUUCAUCAACCUUCAGACGACAUGCGCUGGUCCCAUCUCCCCUGCACCUGCCGUCAAAACCAUCGUCGCCAUCGACGGAGUUGAAGAGAGUAUCGACAGGAUUGGAGAGAUACUAGAGGAGGCGCUCCGCAAGGCUCGACUCGGUCCUCGGCGCUUCCCGACAGCGGCCUCUUCCAGAAACAUGGCGGCGAGGUCUCCGACGCUUCCCGACAUCGGCCUCUUCCAGAAACAUGGCGACGACAGCGGUGCAUGGAACGAAGGGAGAACUGGAAUGGGGAGGUGGUGCCGGUGGAGACAGCGGCGAUGA